AUGAGAAUCCUAAUCGAAGGCUGGCCAGAUAGGAAGGAAGAGCUGAGUGAUGAUUUGCUGCCCUACCGUGCAUUCCAGAACGAGCUACCAACGUUCCGAGGAGUGAUCUUCAAGGGAGAUCGGAUUGUGGUACCAAAAUUCCUUCGCAAGAAGCUGAUAGAGAAAUUACAUUUCGCUCAUCUGGGUGUCAACUACACGCUGCGUGCGGCCAGAGAAUCAUUUUUCUGGCCGGGAAUGGCGGAUCAAGUCAGUAACUACGUGCGGAACUGCGUGGUAUGUAUGGAAUUCAGCGCCAGUCAAUGUAAGCCUCCGAUGUCAACACACCAGAUACCGGAGUAUCCUUUCCAGAGAGUAAAUAUUGAUUUGGGUGAGAUCAAGCAGGAAGGGAAGAAAACGGUCAUGAUGGUUACGGCAGAUAGCUACUCUGACUUUGUUGAAGUAGAUUUCCUCAGCGAUACGAAGACAAGGACCAUCGUCAAUACUUGCAAGUGUACGCGCGACAUGGCACACCGCAAGUUGUUGUCACUGACAGCGGUCCCCAGUUCGACAAUGAAGAAUGGACGAAGUUUGCAAAGGAUUGGAGCUUCAAGCACGUGA